CGCAUACAUGCGGGGGACUGGGACCUGAGCAUGACGGAGAGCAGGUCAUUCUAACAGGAUGGCUCACCUCUAUUAGGUACGCGCAUUCAUCUUUUUGGCUAGUUUAAUUAGUUUUCGUAAUUGAUAGAAAGGAAGAUAUCGAAGAGUAUGGCUUUCUUUUCCUUGAAAGACAGCUUCGGAACCACACAGUUAGUUGCGCUGCCUCGUCAUGAUGCUUCCAAGGAUGGCUCUUCGGCUCCGUCCUUUUCACCGAUUUCUCGGAACAUUAUUGAAGAGCUAUCUAACGUGCCUUUGGAGUCUACAUUGCUAAUUCAGGGCAGAGUGAAAACACGGCCACAACAAGCUCAGCGAGACAAAGAAACAGGAGGGGUAGAAGUGAUCUUGGAUGAUGUCACUGUUCUAAAUGCGGCAGAACGAGAACUCCCAUUUUACCCGUCAGAUCUCCAGAAUCUUGCAAAUGAGAAUUUGCGAUCUCGAUAUCGCUACUUGGAUUUGAGACGAGAUUAUCUUUCCCAGAAUCUCCGAACUCGAAGUCAGGUCGCGAACAUUAUACGGUCACAUCUGGCAGAUAGCGGGUUUACUGAAAUCGAAACCCCGAUGCUGUUGCGUUCGUCGCCCGAAGGGGCGCGAGAAUUCCUUGUGCCCGCCCGAUUACCUGCAUCGGCUUCCCCCACAAAUGGCGCGUCAUCCGCAACCAUUGGUCCCCACUUCUAUGCCCUGUCACAGUCGCCUCAACAACCUAAACAACUCCUGAUUAUUUCGGGUGGUGUUGACCGGUACUAUCAAUUUGCUCGAUUUGAUAUGGAGAUGGCCUGGGUUUCAUGGGGCGAUCAUAACGGUCAACAUCAAGACGGAUGGAGAAUUGGAGGGCGAGAAGUCAAAGAUACUGUCGAAGGCAUCAUAAGACAAGUUUGGCGUGAAGUUAAGGGCAUGGAGCUAGAUCGAAAUUUCCACGUGCUGACGUAUGAGGAAGCUAUGGCUAAGUAUGGGUCUGAUAAACCUGAUACGCGAUUUGGUUGCUUGAUCCAGAAUGCUGCGCCACUGCUCCCCGAGCCGGUUGCCGGGCUUCUCGAUGCCUCGGACAAAGUAUUGGAAUGUAUUAUCAUCAGAGGCAGCCAACAGUCUUCUGCAAUGACGGAAGUUGCCUUCUCCAAAGCUGCAUCAGAAGCCUCGGAAGUGGCGUUAGGCCUCAAUGACUGCCAGGCGGAGCGCAUCAUGAUCGCCUCGGAGAAUCAGCAUAACUGGUGGAAGGGCUCCAAUUUGCUGUGCACGCGGUUGACCGGGUUGGGUGGAUCGACUCUUCUCGGGAGGACAAGGCUUCGCUUGGCAGAUGAAGCUGCAAAACUUGGUGCGUCUCAGCCGUACGGAAUCCGUCUUCGUGCCCUUACACUGCGGGUGACCUUAAAGGCUAUUCGCCGCCGCACGAACCCAAUUUUCUUUGGAUUACAGAGUUUCCUUUGUUUACCCGUGCUGAUGCGGAUAAAGAUGCUUUCCUGGGCCACGGUCGCUGGAGUAGUUCCCAUCAUCCGUUCACUGCCCCAAUGUGGGGAAGACGCGGAAGGAUUGUUAGAUGGGACUAUCAACCCGGCUAACGUUCGCGGCCAGCAUUAUGACCUUGUUCUUUAA